UCGCCUCUCCUCGCUUGGCCGGGGUCUGCGCGCCACCGCAGCCGCAGGGAGGGGCGCGUCCCAGACAGCCUCGCCAGGGACUCGGGGACGCCGUGCCUCUCGCCCUUCGGCGUCCGCUGCAGACUGCGCUCCCAGGCUGCCGGUAGCCGGUAAUAGAGGGACUUUACAGACUAUCCUAGCGAUAGCUCUCCCAGGUGCUCUCCGAGGGAGGAGGGCGAAGUAGCUCAGGCUAUCGGUGGUGGGAGAAAACGGUGGGAACCGCACUGGGCGGUCGGGGUCGGAGGCUGAAGGAAGAUUAGAGACUUGCUUUAGAACCACAGAAAGAAAGAGGGAGGGCCAGCUUUGCAGCCAGCACCAUGGCGUGGCCGUGCAUCACACGGGCCUGCUGCAUCGCCCGCUUCUGGAACCAGUUGGACAAGGCAGACAUCGCCGUGCCGCUGGUUUUCACCAAGUACUCAGAGGCCACCGAGCACCCUGGCGCCCCGCCGCAGCCACAGCCGCCGCAACAGCAGCAGGCGCAGCCGGCUCUCGCACCCCCCUCGGCGCGCGCGGUUGCCAUAGAGACGCAGCCGGCCCAGGGCGAGUUGGAUGCAGUUGCCCGGGCAACAGGGCCGGCGCCCGGGCCUAGCGGCGAACGCGAGGCGGCGGCCCCGGGCCGGAGUGGGCCGGGCCCCGGCCUGGUCUCCGGCUCCACCUCCGGCGCGGGCCCCGCGGACUCGGUGAUGCGGCAGGACUACCGCGCCUGGAAGGUGCAGCGGCCCGAGCCCAGCUGCCGGCCGCGCAGCGAGUACCAGCCCUCCGACGCGCCCUUCGAGCGCGAGACCCAGUACCAGAAGGAUUUCCGUGCCUGGCCACUGCCGCGCCGCGGGGACCACCCGUGGAUCCCCAAGCCCGUGCAGAUUCCAGCGUCCUCCCAGGCGUCGGCGCCUAUUUUCAGCGCUCCCAGGCGCCGGCCGCAGAGCCAGGAGCGCUGGCCGGUGCAGGCCGCGGCUGAGGCCCCGGAGCAGGAGGCGGCCCCUGGCGGAGCAGGGGGCCUGGCAGCCGGAAAGGCGUCCGGUGGGGACGAGCGCGACACACGCAGGAAGGUCGGACCCGCCUGGAUGGUGCGACGCGCCGAGGGGCUGGGGCACGAGCAGACGCCGCUGCCUGAGGCCCAGGCCCAGGUCGGAGCUGGUGGUCUGGCGGCUGGAAAGGCGUCUGGUGGGGACGAGCGCGACACACGCAGGAAGGUCGGACCCGCCUGGAUGGUGCGACGCGCUGAGGGGCUGGGGCACGAGCAGACGCCGCUGCCCUCGGCCCAGGCCCAGGCCCAGGCCACGGGCCCCGAGGGUAGCAAGGGGCGCGCAGCGGCGGACGCCCUCAACCGGCAAAUCCGAGAGGAGGCGGCGAGUGCGGUGAGCAGCUCCUACAGGAAUGAAUUCAAAGCAUGGACGGACAUCAAGCCUGUGAAACCAAUAAAAGCCAAGCCCCAGUACAAGCCCCCAGACGAUAAGAUGGUUCACGAGACCAGCUACAGUGCCCAGUUCAAAGGGGAGGCCAACAAGCCAACAGCAGCUGACAAUAAGGUCACUGACCGCAGAAGAAUACGCAGCCUCUACAGCGAACCUUUCAAGGAACCCCCAAAGGUGGAGAAACCUAGUGUUCAGAGUUCCAAACCAAAAAAGACCUCAGCGAGCCAUAAGCCUCCGAGGAAGGCCAAAGACAAGCAGGCGGUGUCAGGCAAGGCCGACAAGAAAAAGAGCGCAGAGGGCCCCAGUGCCACCAAACCCGAUGACAAGGAGCAAAGCAAAGAGAUGAACAAUAAACUGGCUGAGGCGAAAGAGAGCCUGGUCCAACCCGCCAGUGAUUCGAGUAAGAAUCGAGGACCUGUAGCCACAGAGCCAGACAAGGAUCAAAGUCCUGUGGUCCCAGGCCUUCUGAAAGGUCAAGGUCCUGUGGUCCAAGAGCCUCCAAAGGAUCAAGGCCCCACGGUCCUGAGGCCUCCAAAGGAUCAAGGUUCUGUGGUCCCAGGGCCUCUGAAGGAUCUAGGUCCCGUGAUCCCAGUACCAGUCAAGGAUCAAGACCAUGUUGUCCCUGAGCCUUUAAAGAAUGAAGGUUCUGUGAUCUCAGCACCAGUCAAGGACCAAAGUCCCUCGAUCCCAGUGCCUCUAAAGAAUCAAAGUCCUAUGGUUCCAGCAAGAGUUAAGGAUCAAAGUUCCGUGGUACCGGAGUCUCUGAAGGAUCAAGGUCCUGUGGUCCCUGAGCCUGUCAAGAAUCAAGUUCCUGUGGUCCCAGCACCUGUUAAGGAUCAAGACUCCGUGGUCUCAGCAUCUGUCAAGGAUCAAGGUCCUGUGGUCCCAGAGCAUCUAAAGGAUCAAAGUGCCAUGGUCACAGCACCUGUAAAGAAUGAAGGUCUUGUGGUCUCCGAGCCUGCAAAGAAUCGAGGUUUAGUGGCUCCAGAGCCAGUCAAGGAUCAAGGCAUAGUGGCCCCAGAGCACCUGAAGGUUCAUGAUCCUGUAAAGGAUCAAGGUCCUGUGGUCCCUGAGCCUGUGAAGAAUCAAGGCCCCACUCUCCCAGCACUGGUCAAGGAUCAGGGUCCCCUGGUUCCAGAGAUUCCAAAGAAUCAAGGUCCUGUGGUCCGUGAGCCUGUGAAGAAUCAAGUUCCUGUAAUCCCAGUGCCUCUGAAAGAUCAAGAGUCCCUGGUGCCAGCAUCAGCAAAGGACCAAGGUCCUGCAGUCCCUGAACCUCUGAAGACUCAAGGUCCCAGGGGCCCUCAGCUGCCCGCUGUCUCACCUCCACCCCCAGUCAUGAUCCCAACCGUCCCCCAUGCGGAGUAUAUUGAGGGUUCCCCUUGACACGCACCCUUCACAUGCCAAUGAAGGAGCUGGCAGUGAAAGUGCUCCCCUCCCAGGGGCAGUGAAGGCACAUAUUUAAUCUGCAUGAAACAUGUACCGUAGUCUUGCUGGAGUCUAAUAAAUCUGGUCCCCUGGCUCA